AUGGACACCACCACACACAUCCUCACCUCCUCCUCGAACGGUAUAUUCGCAAGAAAUGGGGUAUCCGACCCCAACGCCGCCGAACGGCCGCCCAUAUUUCGAGUGGUCGGUAUCAUACUCGCCGUCUCCUCUGGAGUGUUCAUCGGAUCAUCGUUCGUAUUAAAAAAGUUUGGCCUGCUCAAAGCAAACGAGAAAUACCAAGAAGUAGCAGGCGAGGGCUAUGGAUACCUCAAGAAUGCAUGGUGGUGGAGUGGAAUGACGCUCAUGAUUAUUGGAGAGAUUCUAAAUUUCGUUGCAUACGCCUUCACCGAUGCCAUCCUCGUCACACCCCUCGGGGCUCUCUCCGUUGUCAUCGCCACCGUUUUGUCUGCCAUCUUCUUGAAGGAACGCCUGAGCCUUGUCGGCAAAGUGGGCUGCUUCCUCUGCAUCGUUGGAUCGGUAGUCAUUGUCCUCAACGCUCCGAAGUCGUCGGCCGUGGCGAACAUUCAACAGAUGCAGGACUUUGCUAUUUCUCCCGGAUUCCUCAGUUACGCUGGCGUCAUCAUUGUCGGGUCCGUCAUCACCGCUCUCUAUGCGGGCCCGAGAUGGGGGAAGAAGAACAUGCUUGUCUACAUCUCAAUCUGCAGCUGGGUUGGAGGCCUUAGUGUUGUCGCGAUCCAGGGGUUAGGUGCUGCUAUCAUUGCCCAGGCCGGAGGUACACCACAGUUCAACCAGUGGUUCCUCUACGUCCUCCUCGUCUUCGUCAUUGCCACCCUCGUUACUGAGAUUAUUUACCUAAACAAAGCCUUGAAUCUUUUCAACGCUGCCCUGGUCACCCCUACUUACUACGUCUAUUUCACCUCGACAACCAUCAUUAGCUCCAUUGUCCUAUUCCGAGGCUUCAAGGGAACACCAAUACAGAUUAUCACGAUUGUCAACGGCUUUUUGACCAUUUGCGCCGGAGUCGUAUUGUUGCAGCUGUCGAAAUCCGCCAAGGAUGUGCCGGAUGCUGCAGUCUUCAAGGGAGAUCUAGACCAGAUUCAAACGAUUGCCGAACAAGAACAGCCCGAGACCGAACCAAAGGCGGAUGCGAUUCGAGGCACCGCUGCUAUCGUACGACGCAUAUCGCAGGCGAGGCAGAAGUGGGAGCUUGAGGAGCUGCGUCGGUUACAGGAGGAGAAGAGGGCAGAACAACUCGAAUCCGUCAGCGAAGAUGGUCCUGUAUACGAGUGGGAUGGCUUACGGAGGAGGAAAACGAUCUUGGUUAAUCGACCAAGCACCUCACCCUACCGAUCAUCUACCUUGCCACCGCAAUUCACCGCACCCCAGCGAACUCCCCACCCGCCAUUGGGCAUGUCAUAUUUCCCCCCCGAGGACGAAAACGAACGCGAGCGAGAGGUUAUCCGAACGCCGAGCAUCUUGUCUAGUAUUGCGGGGACCAUUCGAAACCGGGCUCGAAGCAUGGCGACUCCUUCCGGAUCCGAAUUCCCCGCCGAUCUCAAGAUGCGUAGUCCUAUGCAUCCCGUUCCAUUGACAGAAAUUGCCGCUCCCGGUCAAGGGCCAGGCCAAAGUAGCCAGUAUCCGAGAUCCCAGGAGAAUGCCUACGGCCUUCCCUCUUCGCAAGGGUCGGAAUACCACGGAGCCAGUGGCAUGCUUGCCGUACCUGGCAGCAGCGCUUCUGACGUCUCUCCGCGCCGUCAAUUCUCAUUCCAGAAUCUUUUCAGGAGGAAUCAGCAUACACCGCCAGUAGAUGAAGAGCAGGCGAGACAACGACCCACCACAUCGGGUCGCCGUUACUCGAAUCAGUUUGCGAAAUCUGCGACCGAGGAAGAGCGGCUAGGUCUCGUCAAAGGAGACUCACAAGUUACAAUUCCAUUCCCCCCGUACUCAGAGGAGGAGGAGGAUCGAUAUAUUGACGACGAGAAGACACGGGCUAUACAAGCCGUCACUGCAGCCGUCACCGCGGAUUCGUCUCGGUAUGGUCGGGGCAUUACUACACCGCCGCGACGCGGUAGCGACGGGCGGGAUGGGGACACUCGACGACGGCGCUACAAUGACAGCAGGAACGGAAGUCAAUCUUCAACAUCACAACCCACGCCGCCACCGAUGCCUGCGGAAAGGAACAGGCCUGCACCUGGUGGCGAGGACGGAGCUUUCAUUUAA